GUUAAAAGCACCGGAUUUCCUAUUCCAGUUUCUUCACAGUAGUAAUAGUUGCAAUUUGUUAAGAGUCGUUUUAGCUAAAGGGCAAGGAAGUUACAAAACAAGCAGGCAGAUUCCCGUUAUGGCGGUUGUUGCAGGGACAGCAACCACGUCGUCGUUCACUCUGGUGAAGCUUCAGCAUCUUCCGUCAGCUCCUACUUGGAGGAAAUCCGGGGUCGGGAAGCAAAACCCAGGAGGAAAAGUAGGUUCGAAAUUUAUGGGUGUGAAAGCGAGGUUUGGCUCUUUCAAGAGUGGGGGUGCUGGUGUGUUGGAACGACCCAGUUUGGACCAGUCCCAGUUCGACCCUUCUACUCAAGUUCUUGAAGGUGGCAAUAUUGGGCGCUUGAGGGAUAAGAAAAGCACUGGCAGAGGAGACAGUUAUAGAGUUCUGCUGAUUGAUGAUGCUCGCCAUUCAGAAAACUUGGUUGCAAAGGUUUUGCCCCAAAUUGUUCCAUCUGUUACACCUGAUGGUGCAAGAAAACUAUUUCAUGUAUCGCGAGAAAAUGGAGUGGCAGUUGUAAUCGUCACAGUUAAGGAGCAUGCUGAAUUUUAUUCACAAAUGAUGGUACGUGGGGGAUUACGAUCAACUAUUGAGCCUGAUUCAAGUGUAGUGUAAACCAGUCAAGUUUAUAUGUUCUAUGAACUGCAACAAGCAAAGACUUGGCAGUGACAAUUUUGGGACUUGAUUUAGACCCAGACAGUAAAGGGAAAAUUAAAUGAAAUGGGGAGAGAUGGUAUACAGCAUCUAUACUUCAUUGUGAGGACUUUGAAGACUUCAAAUUCAAAUGCAGCAGUUAGAAUACAGUUUUUGUCGUCUGCUGUGUACAGUUUUUGUUCCACUGAUAGCUUUAGGUGUUGAUCUCUCCCAUAUGUUGUAAAAACAAGGAAACCCUAAAAUGGUCAUUUAACAACUUGGUGGUUAUACUCCAGUAUGCUGCAGAGUGCAGGGUUAGUAAAAUGCUUACUUUCUAAUGCUU